AUGAAGAUCAGAGGGCGACGAGGAACGAUGUUGAGGCGAAACGAGCGGCUGUACGAGCAGCGGCAGCACCUCGCGAGCGAACAGCGACAACAGGAGCGAAGCGAAGACGAGCUGAAGCAACAGCGAGAACGAACGCAGCCGGAACCUCGAACGAUGGGACUGGUGGAGCUGCAGCGACGAAGACGACGCAACCGAGUUGGGCAGUACCCACUCGAGUACGAACUACGGCCGACUGGCGAGCGGUCAUGGUGGAGAAAUGAUGACGAACGACUUUGGACGACCAAGGACGGACGACCAAAAACCCGGUUGAGACGCACGGUACACAACGACGAUGACGGCCAGUACGAACUGGUCAACGACAGAAAGAACAACGCGAGGACGGGAGCUGGAGCUGACGUUGUUGGAGCACGUCUGGCAGCCUGGACCUGCGGAGAUGGACGAAUACGAUGGCCAAUAGCGGCCAAGGAGACGAAAGACAGCAGAGUGGAGCCCGGCGAGCAGUCGCUGGCGUGCGUCGUAGAAGCAGCUGACAACCGCAGCCACGAGGAUUCGCAGAUCCACACGGACCUUAAGGGCUCUCACUUUCGAAUCGGCGGCGCAAGACGCAACUGA